GCUGUCUUGGUUUCUAUAGCAUCACCCGGGGAAAAAGCUGCCAGCACCAUCACCUGCCAGCUGAGGGAGGCAGGAGGGGCUGGGGCUGGCCUCCAAUGCCGCCGCUGCUGCUCUCAGGACCCCCGGUGCACUGGAGCACACUUUAACUUCUCCAGCAGCUGCCAGAGAGACGGGCUGUGCUCAGUCUGAGCGUGGCUGCCAGAGACAGCGGCCACAGGCUGCUUGCUGUUCAGCUGGUAGCCGGUGCAAGGGGCUGGAUUCCUAACCAGCAGCCCCUCAGCCUUGUUUAUUCUGGAGCAAGAAGAGAGGGGUUUCUCUUCUCAGAACACCUGGACUGGCCUUCGCCUUAUUUUUGAUUUUUAGGUAGUUUCUCCCUCCAUGAGAACUGAAUUUCGAGUGUUCCUCAAGGGCAAACACAGUGCCCCCGAGCUGGAGAUGAGAAAGGACGAGAGCUCCUGAGGCCACCUGCCAAGGGCUCAGAGGUGCCCCCCACCAUUCAAAAUGCCGUUUAAAGCAUUUGAUACCUUCAAAGAAAAAAUUCUGAAACCUGGGAAGGAAGGAGUGAAGAAUGCCGUGGGAGAUUCGCUGGGGAUCUUACAAAGAAAAAUCGAUGGGACCAAUGAAGAAGAAGAAGAUACCAUUGAGCUGAAUGAAGACGGAAGGCCCGUGCAGACACCAAGGCCACGCCUCCCAGUCUGUGACUGCGGCUGCUGUGGCAUCCCCAAGCGGUACAUCAUCGCCAUCAUGAGUGGCCUGGGAUUCUGUAUUUCCUUUGGCAUUCGGUGCAACCUUGGAGUGGCCAUUGUGGAAAUGGUCAACAACAGCACCGUGUACGUGGAUGGGAAACCGGAAAUUCAGGUGGCACAGUUUAACUGGGACCCGGAGACAGUGGGCCUUAUCCACGGAUCUUUCUUCUGGGGUUAUAUUGUGACACAAAUUCCCGGUGGCUUCAUUUCAAACAAGUUUGCCGCUAACAGGGUCUUCGGAGCCGCCAUCUUCUUGACAUCAACCCUGAACAUAUUCAUCCCUUCUGCAGCCAGGGUCCACUAUGGCUGUGUCAUGUGUGUGAGGAUAUUGCAGGGUCUGGUGGAGGGUGUGACCUACCCAGCCUGCCACGGGAUGUGGAGUAAGUGGGCGCCCCCCCUGGAGAGAAGCCGACUGGCCACAACUUCUUUUUGUGGUUCCUAUGCUGGGGCUGUUGUCGCUAUGCCCCUGGCGGGAGUAUUGGUGCAGUACAUUGGCUGGGCCUCUGUCUUUUACAUUUACGGUAUGCUUGGGAUUAUCUGGUACAUGUUUUGGCUGCUGCAGGCGUAUGAGUGCCCAGCAGCUCACCCAACCAUAUCCAAUGCGGAGAAGACCUACAUCGAGACAAGCAUUGGAGAAGGGGCCAACUUGGCCAGUCCGAGUAAAUUCAACACCCCGUGGAGACGGUUCUUCACAUCGCUGCCUGUCUAUGCGAUCAUUGUGGCAAACUUCUGUAGAAGCUGGACCUUUUAUUUGCUCUUAAUAAGCCAGCCCGCCUACUUUGAAGAGGUCUUUGGGUUUGCAAUAAGUAAGGUGGGUCUGCUGUCAGCCGUUCCACACAUGGUGAUGACAAUUGUGGUACCUAUCGGAGGACAGCUGGCUGAUUACUUAAGAAGCAGGAAGAUUUUAACCACAACCGCCGUCCGAAAGAUCAUGAACUGCGGAGGUUUUGGCAUGGAGGCAACCCUGCUUCUGGUGGUCGGCUUUUCCCACACCAAAGGAGUGGCUAUCUCCUUCCUGGUACUGGCUGUAGGCUUUAGUGGCUUUGCUAUUUCAGGUUUUAAUGUCAACCACCUGGACAUUGCUCCACGCUAUGCCAGUAUUCUCAUGGGGAUUUCGAACGGAGUGGGGACCCUGUCUGGAAUGGUUUGCCCCCUCAUUGUCGGAGCCAUGACCAAGCAUAAGACCCGCGAGGAGUGGCAGAACGUGUUCCUCAUAGCCGCCCUGGUCCACUACAGCGGUGUCAUCUUCUACGGGGUCUUCGCUUCUGGGGAGAAACAGGACUGGGCUGACCCAGAGAGUCUCUCUGAGGAGAAAUGUGGAAUCAUUGACCAAGACGAAUUAGCCGAGGAGACAGAACUCAACCACGAGGCUAGCGCUAGUCCCAGAAAGAAGAUGUCGUACGGCGCCACCACUCAGAAUUGUGAGGUCCAGAGGAGCGGAUGGAGGCAGCAGAGGGAAGCGGCCUUCGAUGCCUUCGAGGGGGAAGAGGCAUUGUCCUACCAGAACGAGGAAGGCAGCUUCUCAGAAUCAUCUUAACGCCCACUUUCUCUUCAGCUUACCACCGGAGAUAACCCAUUCCCAUUGCCUUUCCCAUACCUCGGCUUGCCAGGGGGCCAAAUCAUGGGACACUGGAGGUAGCGGGAGGAGGAGAUUAAGUCAACAGCAGAGAACAGAGAAACACCUUCUUCCAGAGAUAGGAACGUAACUAUUGCUCUCAGUUGAUAAAACAAUUGAUUGUAUUUUUUGCAGGGUUGGGUAAUUGAGGUGGAUGUUGGCUGUUGUGCCUUCUCUCGAAGAACUAGUUACUCAGAAAUUGCUAGAAGUCUAAAGAGUAGUUUGCUGCUCAAAUAAACAUUGAAAUAAAUCCCUCUUUGGCCUAGGGAAGAGUACAUGGUAGGUGUCACCCUGUCUCCUAAGAUACCCGUCAGAGGAAAGUUUCCUCAACCCAACGAAGGGAACCACUCACGGAGGCCCUCUGUUGUGCCAGGUGCUUUAUGGACAUGAACAUACUUAUUUGACCCCCCCAUCCUAUUACAUAUAGAUAUUGCACCCAUUUUACAGCUAGGGACACUGAAGAAACAGAGUGACCCACCCAAGGUCAUCUUCUUGGGGCCAAGACUGACACUGGCAGAUGACAGGGAGUUUUAGGAAGAGGGGUCCAGCUCAGUGUGGGGACUUUUUCCGUGACAAAACCUGGGUCAGCUGUUAUCUGGGUAAUUCCAUAUUUGGUCAAGGGUGUGUGUGUGUGUGUGUGUGUGUGUGUGUAUAGACUAAUGUGGCAGCGUGAACUCAAAUAAAUAAAGCUAAGCAAGCUAGCUCAAUUUCCAGAAAUGAUUUAAAAGAAGUAUACUAAGAGUUGGCUAUUAAAUUAAAAACCCUCUACAGUAUCAGAAAUGUGGUUCAAUAGUGUCCCGAGUUAAAUUUAACCCCAUAAAACAUUUAAUAAUCUAAGAACUAGACUCAGGAGAGUUUUAGCCACUCGGCUCUUGAAAAAAGUCUUAUUUAAACAAAAGUGUGUCACCAGCUUUCCCUGCCUGUGGGUAUAAUAGGAAGUGUGGCCAGAUGAUAGGAAAUUAUGCUCAAAAUAUUCAGAAUGUCUGUACUUAGAAUGUUCAUUAAAAAUAAAAAGAUACAGUAGUUUCGUCGAGAAAUGCUACAGUCAGAAUGUCCAAGACAAGCAGGCCUGUAACUGGUGUUGAAAAAAUUCACCUGCAGUCGUGUUAGGCAAUGGAAUGGGUACUUCCACACAUAAUUAAAACUGCAGUGUUGGCAUGUAAGAGGCUAUUAGAAAAUAAAAUGAUUUUUCUGCUCCUUGGUUUCAAAAAUUGUUGAUAUUUUCAGAAGGAAACUUAACAUGAUAAAAUACAGAUUUACUUGUAUAUUAGUGUAUAAUAUUUGUUCUCUAGUUUUUCCCAUUUCAUUUCUGGUCCCUUGUUAGACUUAUGGAACUAUAAUGUACCUUCUAGAAAGUCUAAUGUUAGAUAUUAAAAGAGAGUGGCUGACUUCCCGUUAAAUAAUAUUCUUUCUGUUAUUUGUACAUAAUUUGUGUUAUCAGAUGUUGUUAAAUCUCCUUAUUGUGUGAAUCCAUGUAAGUCUCCUAGAGGAGUCCCAGGCAUGAAGGAGUUCUCAAGAAAUAGCUGUCCCAUCCUCAUCACCUUAAACUCUUGUGUGACCAUGUCACUUGUAAAGAAAGAAGUUGUGUUAUUUUAUUCAUUGGCCACAGAGUGUAUAAUGAAAAUUGCACUGUUUUCUAAGUAAAAAAAGAAAAGAAUAACUAGUGUUUAUUUCUCUAUGUGUUAAUAAAGCAUAGUAAUUCCAUGUAUGAAAAAGCCUCAUGAUGAUCAUGAAGGCAAUGUGGUAGAUUAUGACGCAAUCCACAGUUAGUGUUGACAUCAUGCAGAGACACUACAUUUUGCGUAUAACUUGCACGUGCAGUAAAUUUUUUAAUGGUGGGCUGGAUCAUGCCAUUAAACAUUAUAAAACAUGUUGCCUUGUAGUGAUCUUCUUUCCACUCACAUGUUGCACGGGGUCAUUAAUUUCCCUUAAACAGCAUCGACAAGCUACGGCCAUGGGUUUCUGUGCAUUUUGCCCUUGGAGUGUAUUUGUGAAGUUACCCUUUGGAGGCGGAGUGUUGA